CUCAAGCAAUACCUGGUCACUAGGAUACCUUCUCUUUCAUCUCUAUCCGUUUUCUCACAUAUUCCUCUUGACAUGCCCACAACCAAACCUUACGAUGAUGUUGCUUGGGCAAUAAGCACUCAGAUCUGGGAGGAUUGGCCCGAACUCCUUCGCACUGAUGGAGACAUUUACAAUGACAUCGGAAUCAUUCUUUCCGAAGAGUUUGGGAAUCUUGAAUGGACCCUUUUUGAAUACCUUCAGACGGGAGGUUUCAAUACCUGCUUCAAGAUGGAGUUCACCAAUAAUUCAGCUGCUGUUAUACGAUUUCCAAUACCUGGCGCCGUGAUGUUUCCUGAAGAAAAGGUCCGCAAUGAGGUUUCUAUAAUGUGCUUUCUGUCGGAUAAAUCGUCAGAACGGGUCCGGAUACCAGUCCCCUCUAUUUGGCGCAUGGAACAGACAACACAAACUCCCUCAGCGUUGGGACCCUUUAUCAUCAUGAGCUAUAUAGACCAUAAGAAAAGUAUGGCGGAUCUGCUGGAAGCGCCUGGGUACAAAGGGUGUCGAUUUCUAGCACUGAAUCCAGACCUUGGGCGGCUCAGGUUGGAGCAUCUCUACGCGAAACUAGCCAAGGUCGUCCUUUCGCUGUCUACGUUUUCAUUCGCCCGCAUAGGAUCCAUUACGAAGACAAACGAUGCUUCAUGGGAAGCCUUAGAUCGGCCUUUAUCAUAUUCUAUGAACGAGAUUGUGCAGUUGGGAACGGUGUCUCGAUCUGAUCUACCGACUACCACGUACGAUAAAUCUUCAUCAUACUUUGAAGCCCUUGCUGAACUACACAUCCUGCACCUCAAGAGUCAAAGGAAUGAAGCAAACAUCAAAUCAGAUGUCGAGACGAGCACCUUGGCUGAUGAUUUCCGGCGCAGAUUUGUGGCUAGGUUUCUUUUCAGAAAGCUCGUUUAUGAUCGGGAGCAGAGGAAGGAUUGGAUAGCCCAUGACGAUGGCCCAUUUCCUAUCUGGUGUGAUGAUUUCCGACCCGAGAAUGUUCUACUUGAUGAAACUGAAGACAUUGCUGGUGUUGUGGAUUGGGAAUACACCUAUACUGCGCCGGUCGAGUUUGUCCAUGCACCACCCUGGUGGCUCCUCCUCAUAAAGCCAGAAGACUGGCCUGAUGGUCUUGAUGACUGGUGUAUCAAGUAUGAGAAAUCGCUCGAGAUCUUUCUGGCGGCAAUGCGAAAAUGCGAAGACGACGCAAUCCAAGGAAAUCUGCUAACGGAAGACCAGCGGCUCUCUAGUCGGAUGCAGAAGAGUUGGCUGAGCGGAAACUUUUGGAUUAUGUACGCUGCGAGGAGUAAUUUUGCUUUUGACGCGAUAUACUGGGAGAAGAUUGAUCAGCGGUUCUUCGAACCAAUCCUAACUCAGGAAGUCGGUAUUCGUGAUGUGUGGCGGAAAAGGCUCAGUCUUCUGCAACCUGAAGAGAGGCAGCUCAUGGAGGAAUAUGUGGAUCAGAAGUUGAAAGAUGGAGGCACAGAGCGUCUUGCUUGGGAGCCAGGUGAGUAUACCAAGGCGUGGAUUGAGAAAUUGAAAGACAAAAGAGGAAGCAGCAGAUAAAUUGCUCACAUGACUAAGUUCACUAUGAGAGAGUGAGAGUGAGAGAGUUGCAUCAAUUUCCGGGUUUCUUCUGAGUAGCAGAUCAUCCGCAGGGCCUGGUCGCUAGGGACACCAGAAUAUAUCCCACAAAACUUUACCAAACAUGAAGCUAUUCCCACGUUUUCUUCUUUCUAGGGGGAUGUUACGGAAACCCAACGAGGUUAAUACCCCACGAAGGCGGCACAGCCAGGCAGAAGCCCAACACCAAUCAGUCGACAAAAGGAUCGGAAACCUUGCACAAACAAAGGUACGAGUCACGUGAUAUAAUAUACUC